AUGGAGAUAAAGAAGGACAAUGGAGGAAAGGAAGAAGGAUCUUCUGUUUUUGUCGUUGAUCCAAUUCCAGUCCGAUUUGCUGGGUUGAAUCUUCCACAUGACCCCAUCGACUCUUCCAACAACAUCAUAACUGCUUCCAACGAUCCUCUUCCUUUUACAUCCACUCGUCCUUUCGGCGCCGCUCAACGUACCUUUAGUAGUCAAGAAAUUGUAGACACUAUUUUACAAAAGACCCAAGAAUUGAAUGAAGCAUAUUCUCAAGAACUCAAAGCACUUAUGAAAGACCAAGCAAAGGACCAAGUCGAAGCAUCACAAGACAUAAUAAAUCUAUACAGCAGAUUGAGAAAGACAGUAAAAACACAACUUGAGGCUGUAAAGGACCAAAUUGUAACUGUAAAGGAUCAACUCUUGGCAAUAACACUUCAGCAAAGCCAGCAAAUGACGUUGAUGCAGCAACAUAUUUCGAAACUAACUCAGCAAAAUGAACAGAUGUUGGCGCUGAUCGGCGAAAAUCGACAAUUGAAAGCUGAAUUGACUGUGGUGAAAGAGGAAAUGAACGAAAGAAUAACCAAUAUGAGUGAUCACCUUCCGAAGGGAAUCUCAAGUCUUUUAAAGCCUAAAGAGAUUAAGAUUGAGCCACAUGAACCAACUCUAGUACCUAAUUAUCCUCGAGAACAUUCGGUAUUUGUAGCAGCUGGGUCAGGUCCAAACUCUGCUAUUGACUCCUACGAUGCACAUGUAUAG